AUGUAUAAUAAUUUUCUUAAAAUAUAUGAAUUAGAUAUUUUAAUAUAUUGGAGUAAAUAAAAUAAUAAUAAAAAAUGGGCAAUAUCGUAACAAAAGCAGUAGAAAUAAUAAAAAAAUAAUUAAACCCCUAAAAUCGAAUUUAAGAUAAAUAAGUUAAUGAUUUAGAGAAUAAAGAAUAUGACUAUGAAGAAGUGCUGCAAAACUAUGUUCCCUACAAUUAAAUUUUAAAACUAAGAAUAAAACAUAAGUAAAUUUGUCUAAUUCUUGCUUUCAAAUAGGAAGGUUUGUUGUACAAUCUAUUACAAGUUAAUCGAUAAGCAAUUUAGUUAAAUGAUGAGAGAUUUUUCAGGAUGCAAGUAUAUUAUAAGACUAGAAAUAAAUUUGUGCUAUUCUAAAUUAGGAGAGAAAGCUUUGAAAGAAUUAUGGAAACAAGUUGGUAAAAUUUAAAAUUUGCAGUAUUUAGUGUUAGAUCUAACAAAAAAUAGAAUAGAUAAUAAAGAUGCCCAAUAUUUAAUCAACUCAGUUAUUUAACUAAAAAAGAUAAAGCAUUUGUCAUUAAACUUAAAUGAAAAUUAUUUAACAAAUGAUGGGUUAAAUUCAUUACUUUAGCUAUAUGAAUCAUAUUAAUAUAUCAAUUGUAUUUAGUUGUUUCUAGAGUAUAUCAUUUAAAUAUUAUUUUUAGUAUUUAAUUUUAGUUAAUUAAGUUAUAAUUUAGUUACUUGGGAAGGAAUUCUUGAUUUUUGUAAAGAAAUAUCUAAGUUUAAUAAGCUUUAUCAGUUUUCCUUGUCAGUCAAAUAUUUUAUAGAUUAAAAAUAGAACAAUCCAACUAGAAUUAUCUAAAGAUGCAUGAGAGAAUCUAAAAGAUUAAUAAAAAUUUAGUUAUUUUAUUAAUGA